AUGAAUCAGUUAACCCCACCUCUCGCCUAUAGAUUAGAAGAAGGCAACACGUGUGUCUGCGGCCGGGCUGACACCUGGUCCCCCCCCCGGCAGCCACAAAGUGGGACCUUCGGCUGCCAGUCGGUGUCGGAGAUGAUGAGGUUCUACACCGAGGAGGUCCUGCCCACCGCCCGGAAGACCAGUGCCCACCACCAGCAGAGCGUGGACGACCUGGGCAACCUGCUGCUGGACCUGAAGGCGACCAUGAGGCGCUGUCACAGAUUCUUCACGUGCGAGAAGAGGAGCAAAACCAUGAAGCACAUCAAGGAGACCUUUGAGAAGAUGAACGAGAAUGGAAUCUACAAGGCCAUGGGGGAGUUUGACAUCUUCAUCAACUACAUCGAAGAGUACUUGAUGAUGAAGAAGAAGUAGUGAAAACGCCCACGGGUCUACAUCUUUCACACAAAAUCCUGCUAUUUUUUUCAGAAAUCACUUUAGGCUGGAAGAGCACACAAGAGAUUAAGUUAUCUUAGGGUUCAAAGUUUAGUAUUGUAUUUAGAACUUAUUUUUUUUACAACUGAAUUUAAUAUUUAUUAAUUUUAAUACCUCAGUGUUUAUGUUUACAAUAUGUUUUGAAGGAAAGUGUGAUGAGCUUGUAAAAUACUAUUUAUUGUUCGAUAUUUUAAAACUGUUUAUGAUAGAGUUAUUUUAUUCAUAGCUUCAAAACACCCAGAGCAGUGUUCCUCUGGGGAGCAGAGAACGAGCAAAGCUUAUCCCAAGUGCAAUUCCACUGGGCAUGGUCGCCUGAUCAGGAGCAACUCCAGCUCAGAGCUCAGCAAAGUUUAAUUUUAAGCAAAUGAGCGCUCUCCUCCUGUUCUAUCCCUCUAUUUAUUUAGGCAAUCCAACGCUUUUAUGCACAACCACCUCACUGUCUCUGGUUCUGCAGUGGGAAUUAGGCACUGAAAUAUUCAAUAUUAUUCCAUGGCCUUGCACUGAGCAAGAUAAUCAUAAAUGUAACACAGGGUGGUUUUUUCCUCCUGCGCAAAGAGAGCAAUGCGGAGGAGGAAGAGGAGGAGGAGGAGGAGCUGUACUCCUAUGAGCACGCGACCAUGCCACGGCAAUGAAUCAGUUAACCCCACCUCUCGCCUAUAGAUUAGAAGAAAGAGAAAUAGUAGUAGGAGUGAAAUGUUUGGUUCUAAUAGAACUUGACUCAAUCGUUGCUAAAGGGCUGGCUCCAGAGCUGCUGGGUCGGCCACUCUGCACUUUCAAAAGUUAAUCUUACUAUUUUCCAGUCUUUGAUUGGGUUUUACUUGCUGUUUUAUUGUGGUUUUGGUUUUUUGAGGUUUUUUUUUCUGUUUGUUUUUUUUUUUUCUUUUAUAAGUUAGAGGAUAUUUAAUUAACCACCAUUUUAAGGUGGCUUGGGUAAUUUGCAUUCAAAUACAUAAAGCUGCCCGCAGCACUGACAAUAUUCGGGGUUGUGUUAUUUCUAAUCCUGCGCACGGGGUCGGGGAGGGGGGGGGCAGUGUGCCCCUGAGAGGGGCUGAUUUUGGGGCUCCCUUCUCCCUGCCCAGCCUCCUGUGACCCCCCGUGGGCCAGAGGAAAACCCCGUGACCCAGAGGCAUUUGCUCCUAAUAUUUAGGAGCAUCAGGGCACCAAUAGGAUGAAACACUGUCAGUUCGCUGUUUGCUUUGUAAGUUACCACUGCGGAGAGGCUAUUUAUAUUUGAUUUAUUCUCUGUGGCUGUUUAUGGUGACAGAAGGGCAUUCCCACUGGCAGCCUGCCCCACGGGAACUGGGGAUCCCAGCCCAAGAGCAGCCCCGAGCAGGAAUGCGGCUCCGUGGGUCGCUCCUGCUGCUGGAAGCAACGGGGUGGCAUCAGCUCAAGGGCAGAGCGGGAGCCAAAGGCUGUAAAACUUAAUUUAAGCUUCUUACCAGGACACGUUAAGUUCCCGUUGAGCCAACUCUGUACUUGCUUUUUCCACCAAAUGCCUUGAUUUCAGUCAAGGAUGGCCCCAGACCUUUGCCAAGAGCAUCCGCAGCUCCGUUCCAGGAAGGUUCAUGCUGGUGGGGGGGGACACCUUGGCCACGGCUUCUGGCACUGUGUGAACUUUCUUGUCUUCAUCUGUAUGAAAGAAAAUCUUUUAUUUUUGCUAAUAAAGACCUUUUAACGAAUAAAGCUUCUGUUCUGUUCUCGCAAGUUGUUAGCA